AUGUUUGCUCGAUGUUACAACAAAAUAUCGCAUCUUAACUCAAUAAGACCUUUUUCAUCUACAAAAAUCUUAAAUGAAACACACAGUUGUAAAGUCUUAGUUGUUGGGGGUGGCACUGGGGGCCUAGCUCUAACAGCAAAACUUUCAAGGACCCUAAACAAAUCAAAUUUGAUUUUACUGGAACCCAGCAAUGACCACUACUACCAGCCCCUUUUUACCCUUGUCGGAGGCGGUAUCGAAAAAAUGAAAGAUACAAGAAAAUAUGAAGAAGAUCUAGUGCCUAAAAAUUGUACUUGGUUAAAAGAUAAGGCAGUAGAUUUUAAUUUGAAAAAGAAUACCGUGAAUACUGCUCUCGGAGAUAAAAUCGAGUAUGAUUAUUUGAUUGUUGCCACUGGGAUUAUUCCAAGAUACGAGCUUAUUCCAGGUUUAGUUGAAUCGCUAAAAAACCCAGAGUCAGGAGUUUGUUCGAUAUAUUCACCCAAUUAUGUGGAAAAUGUUUUUCCAGUAAUGCAAAAGCUGAAUUCGGGAAACGCUAUUUUCACUUUCCCCAAUUCGCCAGUUAAAUGUCCGGGAGCACCGCAAAAAAUUUGCUACAUUACUGAAGAUUAUCUUAGAAAAGAAGGUAAACGUACAAAUGUUAACGUUAUCUAUAAUACAUCUUUGCCAGUAAUUUUUGGAGUCAAAAGAUAUGCGGAUGCCUUAUGGAAGAUUUGCAAAGAGAGAGAUAUUAAUGUAAAUACAAGAACCAAUUUAGUUAGGGUCAACGGUGAGAAAAAAGAGGCUACUUUUGAAAAUUUGGAUAAACCUGAAGAAAAAUCUAUUUUGCCUUUUUCUAUGCUUCACGUCGUCCCGCCAAUGUCCACCACAGAAGCAAUUAGUUCAAACAAAGAUUUAACCAACGCAGCUGGUUUUGUAGAAGUCGACAAGUCAACUAUGCAGCACGUCAGAUUUCCGAAUAUUUUCGCCAUCGGCGAUUGUAGUUCUUCGCCGAAUUCAAAAACUGCAGCUGCGGCCGCUGCCCAGACAAAUGUGGUUUUCGAAAAUCUUAAGGCAGUAAUGAAAAACCAAAAGUUACCGUUGACUUACGAUGGUUACGCGUCUUGUCCGCUGGUUACUGGCUACGACAAAUGCAUUUUAGCCGAAUUCGAUUAUGAAUUAAAUCCCUUAGAAACGUUUCCGUUUAGACAAGAUGUAGAGAGGACUUCGAUGUUUUUGUUGAAAAAAGAUGUUAUACCUGUAAUUUAUUGGAAUUUGAUGAUGAAAGGAUUAUGGAAUGGACCCGCACUUUUCCGAAAAAUAAUGCAUCUUGGCCUACAUAAGUAA